UGGCGAAAGGGAGGAGCAGCAGUCUGUGGGUUAUAUAGCUCAAGCCUCCUCCAAUCACAUUCCCUCACGUCACAUUGCCAGUACAGAUCAUACAAGUCUUUCUGAAAAGGAGCGGCUGUAACAUGUAGCGGUGGAGGGGAUUCGGAUUCAUCUCAGUUGCAUCAGCAGCAGCAGUUGGUGGCGACAAGCGUCUGAAGGCCAUGCCAGGGCCAGAUGGAUACAGAGAACUGUAUCCAUGCCAAAACUUUCCUGCGUCUAAAACUUACUGUCCCCCUAAACCUCCGCUUAAGGGUGAGAAAUGGCAUAGAGCGACAAACUCUAUUUUGAGGAGAGAUGUCCAAGAGAAGGACCACCAACACCAGGCCACCCAGAACUCCACGGCGGCACAAAACCCAUACCAAGGAGUUGCCACUCACACUCUGGUCGCUCUCCCAAAGAUGAAACCAAUGCCAAAACCUCGUCUACUGAAGACGCAGUUCUAUGUUGACCAAUCACAGUCUGUCCAUAAUAGCAAUGUGAAUUAUGUCACAUCUGCAUCAGACCCAGCUUGUUCAGAUGGAAAGAAUAAUGACACUCAUUUAGGAAACUGGCACAGUCAUCCAAAAACUACCUCACAUAAAUCAAAACGAGUCCCUCCGAGCAUACCUGUACCUGCCAGACCUCUUCCCAAAGAGCCAGACCAAAUGAUCUCCACGAUGGGUUCUGAGGUUUGUCCCAUUGACAAACCCCUUCCACAUCUAUCUCUGUCAAAACCAAUUCCUGCUUUCAAGGUUCACAAUAAAACCAAAAUUGAGCACAAUGAAGUUGGAUUGCUCAGCAACCUUGUCAGGGAAAGUUUGGUUUCUGAGCUACACAAAAGAUUCUCAGGAGCAAUUAAAGAGAGAGUUUGUCGCACCAAAAAGCCGGAAGUGUUUAAGGCUAAAGGAGAUCACUUUCCCAAAAUCUUUAGUAACUCUCAGUUAGAAAUGUGCUCAAUGUGCUUCCACACCAAAAGACUGACUGAUGGAGAAAGACUACAUGAAAAUGUUUCCAUCUCAGGUGUUUCCAAUGGAGAGUGUCCAGAGGACGUUCCUUCUGUGAUAAAAUACCAAGAAACAGAUGGGGAGAAUCUCUCCAGGAACUUACUUGAAACUUCUCAAAGGACUCCAACAAUGCUGUCUCGUCCUGGUUUGGUGGACAAACUGAUCAAAAGCCCUUCUAAGAGAGACUGCCACUGCAUGUGUGCUGAUACUAAGACAAAGUUGGUGGAGAACUUGUGGCAAGACCGAAACAUUGUAAGAGACAGUGGAAUACUACGUCAGCUCAGUAAGGAACAGCUAAAGCUUCAAGAGCAUCUGUAUGAGGUUGUCACAUCUGAGCAGUCCUAUCUUCAGAGCUUGAUGGUGGCUGUGGAACAUUUUCAGGAAUCUUCAGUGCUGAAAGACGCUUUGGCACCAAGAGACAGAAAGUCAUUGUUUUCUAGCAUUGCAAAGAUCAAAGAGAUGAGUCAAAGCUUCAUGGAUGCGAUGCUGUUGGAGCUGGCCUCAAGUGUGUUCUGCGACGUAAUCUGUGAUGUUGUGCACCAAUAUGCUCUUGGACCCUUUGAUGCUUAUAUAAAUUACAUCCGUAAUAUGCCCUAUCAGGAGCAGACACUACACAAUCUUGGAAAAGAGAGUCCUCAGAUUGUGGAGAUCUUGCAUAAACUACAGGAAGACCCUCGAUGCAACCGCCUACCCCUCAAAUCUUUCCUUUCACUGCCAUUUCAGAGAAUCACACGGCUUAAAGUCCUAAUGGAGAAUAUCCAGAAGAAGGCCGUUCCAGGGUCAGACUGUGAGGCCUCAGCAUUGAGAGCUCUGACGGAGAUCUCCAGGCUUCUAGAAGCUUGCAACUGGCAGGUGGGCAGAAUGAAACAGAUGGAAGAAAUAGUGCAGAUUGCUAAUAAGACUGAGUUUGCAUGCAAGGCCAUGCCUCUCGUGUCUUCCUCCCGCUGGCUUGUGAAGCAGGGAGAUCUGGUGCAAAUCUCUUUGAAGGAAAACAUGUUUGGCCAGAGAAAACUGUGUCCUGUACUUCUGUUCCUCUUUAAUGAUCUGCUUCUGGUGGCCACCAGGAAAGGGUUGGAUCGUUUUGUAGUUCAUGACUACGUGCACCGCUCUCUGAUAGAAGUGACCGAGGGCAAAGAUCUGGAGGAGGAGCUGGAGGGAUGUGAGCUGAACCGGAUAUUUAGGCUCGUCCUUUUGCAUAAUCACCGGAGCGCCACCUCUCAACUUCUAUUGCAAACAAAUUCAGAAGCUGAGAAGCACUUGUGGGUGGAGCUCCUGGGUGGGCGGAGAGAUGGAGAGGAUACUGUGUAUGAAGAGUGGGACUGUCCUCAGGUGCGAUGUAUAGAGGUGUACAGUGGACAACAACAAGGGGAGCUUAGUCUACAGCUGGGAGAUAUGAUCAACAUCAUGCAGAAGACUUCAGAUGGGUUUCUGGAAGGCCGUAGGGUACAGGACGGACAGCGGGGGUGGUUCUCCACUGCAUGUGUUGUAGAGAUCACCAAUGAACAUGUGCAGAGACGUCAUCUUCGUCAGCGGCAUCAUGUCCUACAGACAGCCACACGCCUGCUGAAACAACGCAGUGGGGGCCUUGAACUUCCAACCACAAAAUGCUUUAAAUGAGAGACUGUCUACAUUGCAAUUAGCAUUUUUUCACUUACUGACUUAAAAUAAAUUAGUAAAUGAUUAUAUGCACAGUCUAUGUAUAGUUUAACUGAACUACUGCCAGUUGGUCAGUUGGUCUUUUGGUCUUGGUUUAUAUAUAUUUCACGUGUCUGGUUUUACAGAACAACUUCAAACGUCUCUGCAUGUGAUUUAAGAAACACUGAAACUAGUUUCUAUGGUUUACAACAAAUAAUGUGGUCCGUACUUAUUCUUGCUCCAGCUUGCAAAUGUGGAGUUGCUGUUUUUGUUUUUUAUAUCAUGUACUGUGCAGGUCAUUGCUUAUUCCCUUCUGUUAUUUUCCAUUCUGUUUAAAUAAAUUUUGUAAUAUAAUCCAUAUCCCUCUAUUCCAUUUUGGUCAGUUUUUGGUCA